AUGUUCCCCCGCCCGCUGACCCCGCUGGCGGCCCCAAAUGGCGCCGAAUCCCUGGGCCGGGCGCUGAGGCGGGCCCCACUGGGCAGGGCCCGGGCCGGGCUGGGGGGGCCGCCCCUGCUGCUGCCGUCCAUGCUGAUGUUCGCUGUGAUCGUGGCCUCCAGCGGGCUGCUGCUCAUGAUCGAGCGGGGCAUCCUGGCCGAGAUGAAGCCCCUUCCCCCGCACCCUCCCAAUCGCGAGGGCGCGGCCUGGCGCCGGGCCCUCCCCAGGCCUGGGGGGCUGUCCCUGGAGGCCGGGGACUCGGACUUGCAGGUGAGGCAGGACGUCCGGAACCGCACUUUGCGGGCAGUGUGCGGACAGCCAGGCAUGCCCCGGGACCCUUGGGACUUGCCUGUGGGGCAGCGGCGCACCCUACUGCGCCACAUCCUCGUGAGUGACCGCUACCGCUUCCUCUACUGCUACGUCCCCAAGGUGGCCUGCUCUAACUGGAAGCGGGUGCUGAAGGUGCUGGCAGGCGUCCUGGACAGCGUGGAUGUCCGCCUCAAGAUGGACCACCGCAAUGACCUGGUGUUCCUGGCAGACCUGCGGCCUGAGGAGAUUCGCUACCGCCUACAACACUACUUCAAGUUUCUGUUUGUGCGGGACCCCUUGGAACGCCUUCUCUCUGCCUACCGCAACAAGUUUGGCGAAAUCCGAGAGUACCAGCAGCGCUAUGGGGCGGAGAUUGUGAGGCGGUACAGGGCCGGAGCGGGACCCAGCCCUGCAGGGGACGACGUCACCUUCCCGGAGUUCCUAAGAUACCUGGUGGACGAGGACCCUGAGCGGAUGAAUGAGCAUUGGAUGCCCGUGUACCACCUGUGCCAGCCUUGUGCCGUGCACUACGACUUUGUAGGCUCCUAUGAGAGGCUGGAGGCUGAUGCCAACCAGGUGCUGGAGUGGGUGCGGGCACCACCCCAUGUCCGAUUCCCGGCUCGCCAGGCCUGGUACCGGCCAGCCAGCCCUGAGAGCCUGCACUACCACCUGUGCAGUGCCCCACGGGCCCUCCUGCAGGAUGUGCUUCCUAAGUAUAUCCUAGACUUCUCCCUCUUUGCCUACCCACUGCCUAAUGUCACCAGGGAGGCCUGUCACCAGUGA